CGAUUCGGAGAGAGGUAUUCAUUUUGGAGAGCGCAAAGAGAGCGGUGGCAACCCGAGGAACUCCACUUUUCACUUCAGCCGAUAUUUAUUUAUUUAUCUAUCUAUCUAUUUAUUCUGACCUUUGCUUUGGGAUGAGCGGACUGCUUCUGAAAAUUUUCUGGGUGGCAGCAUUUAGCCCACUCCUCUCGGCGCCGGGGCUCCGGGCUUCUCCGGUGGUGGGGCAGGAACCCAUUCGUUGCGCGCCGUGCUCCCCGGAGCGGAUAGCCGAGUGUCCCGCGGUGGAUGCCGGCUGUGAGGAAGUGCGUCCUGAGCCGGGCUGCGGCUGCUGCCUUGCCUGCGCGCUGAAGAGGGGUGACCAGUGCGGAAUCUACACUGCGCCCUGCGGCUCGAGGCUCCGCUGCUUACCCAAACCAGGAGAACCCCGACCUCUACACGCGCUCACCCGAGGACAAGCGGUGUGCACUGAGACCCCCGAACCCGAUCAGAACCAAAACGCCCAGACGCAAGAUCAUCCAGAGUCUCAUAACGGGGCAACGGCGGCGAAUGAAGGAAGCUCUGCCCUCUUUGUACCCGGCCACGGAAAGCCUUUCGACCCGUGGGUCAUCACCGCCAAAGAGAGCAUGAAGGCGAAAAUCAACGCCAUACGCAAAAAACUUGUCGAGCAGGGUCCUUGUCAUAUUGAACUGCUGACAGCUCUUGAUAAAAUUACUAAAUCCCAGCAGAAACUGGGAGACAAACUGACCAGAUUCUACAUUCCAAAUUGUGACAAACAUGGUCUAUACAAAGCCAAACAGUGUGAAUCAUCUCUGGAUGGUCAGAGGGGGAAGUGUUGGUGUGUGUCAUCCUGGAAUGGGAAGAAAAUUCCUGGAUCAAGUGACCUGCCAGCAGAUGCCGUGUGUCCCGAGGAACUCAGCCACUGAUUUCUCUCUUACAAAAACACAUACAUACGUUCAUAUAGACCAUUAUGCCACAUAUUUUUAUUGUUAUAUAUUUUUUUUAGUAUUUAUUUAUUGUUAGUGGUGAUAUUAAAUACAGGUACACUGUUUUGAUUUAUUAAACUCCCUGAACUCUCAAAAA